GGUAACGACUAACAUCACAGCUGACGUGAAUUGUAAGAGAUGUACGACUUAUGUUAUGAAACCGUCAACGAUAGAAUUAACGUAUAAACGUAUUUAAAAUAAUUUCACAAGUGAGCUGUGUAAAAAACAUUCAUUGUCGGAGUGUACGUAAGAAAUGAUCCGAUAAACACGGUUGAUGACACACCAGAAGAAAGUAAUGAACGAUGUCCGAUCGAGUUCUGAUCGUAAAGAAAAUGUCGUGAAUAACAUCGCCUCAGUGCAUCUGCAUUCUGACAUGAUUUAUAUGAGCAGAAGAGGUUUGAGGGAAAUAUCAGAGUUUGUAUUAAACACGACACAUGUAAAGAGUUUAUAUCUGGAAGGUAAUGAAAUCACUCGUCUUCCUGAGCACUUCUUCAGCUCUCUGACAUCUUUAGUGUGGUUGGAUUUGAGAAACAACGAACUCACAAAUCUUCCUGCAGGUGUUGGCCGUCACAGAUGCUUGAAAACGCUACUUUUGGAGGACAACCCAAUAACUGAACUACCUCCAGACCUGGGUAAUGUAAUCACACUGAAAGCCCUGAGUCUGAGGAACUGCCCUCUCACGUUUCCACCUCACCAUAUCGUGAAUCAGGGGCUGGCAAAGAUCCUCCAGUAUCUGCGCAGCACAACGGCUGAACUAGACGUUCCUGCGGUGGAGAAGUUGCAGUUGUCUGAUCUCAGUGGCUUCAGUCUGGAUCUGUGUGAAGAAGGCGUGGAUGACGCAGACGUCCGUCACUUUCAGGAGCUUCGGCACAGGAUGGUCCAGAUGGAGAGGGCUGAUUUAGAACAGCCCGGAACUUUAGAGGGCGACAGAGAAGCUGGACCGCUCGUCCUCCCCAACAUCAGGACUAACGGCGUCACGAGAGGCAUUGGCUCAGAAACCCAGAGGUGGAGCAGAUCAGAUGAGAUCAGACUGGCAGCAAUGAGAGAACUGAAGGAGAAACAGUGGAUUCUAGAGGAGAGGAAGAGAGCCCAGGAGCGGCUGUGGAGUCACAGAGCAGCACACCAGAAGAACCACAGAGGACCGAUCGUCUGCUCAUCUGACCCGAGACAUCACAGUUAUUCCUAGAGUCCAGUGAAAGGGUGGACAGGUACAAGCACACGUCCAGACACCGUCAGAUCUGUGUAAUACUGACAUCUUGUGGUGGAUGGUGAAAGUUGAAGAAAGAAGAGACUUGCAACGAUAGGAUCACAGGUUUGAACACACAAACGAAGAAACUUGAAGUGCCUUUAAAGUCACAUUGGAUUAAAACACUUGAACUUUUCUUUGUUCUUGAUUAAUUUCAAUCAUUACUGUAAUACUUGAAUCCCAUUGUUUUAGUGGUUCCAGUCACAUUCAUGCUUAAAACCUUGUGAUGACAAUAAAUGCUUUUUGAAAACUAACCAUCGAGAAACAGAAGAUGAAAUGUUUUUUGAUAUGUGGCUGCUCACAUAUAAAGUAAACAUUAUGCCACAAUGUUUAGUUGAAUCAGAACUGAACAAAUAUCCAUCUUACUGUAUAACGUUGUUCUGGCAGGGAAUAAGGCGUAAACUGACGGAUUGUAUUAAAUUCAUACAGUAACCAUUUUGUAUAAACAACAAGCAUGAUUUUUAAGGGACAGAUCUGCCACAAAUGCUGUCAUUUUAUUGACUUCUUUUGGAUGUUCACAUAACCACUGAGAAGUCAAUGGGUUCAUUCUUCCAAAUAUCUUCUUUUGUUUUCUCCAGAAGAAAAAAAGUCAUACAGGUUUGACAUGACAUGAAGGUGAAAACAAGUGAUGACAUCGUUUUCAUUCUCUUUAAAGUAAUACUCCACCUAAAAAUUAAAAUUUCUGUAUAAAUUCUAUCUUUCUGUUGAACUCAAAGUUUUUCGAAAACUGGGACAUCGGUGUCUACCAUAGUAGGAACAAUUUAAACUGUAGUCAAAGGUGGCCCAGAACUAUUUGCUUUGCUAAAUUCUUCAAAAUAUCUCAUUUUGUGUUCAACAGAACAAAAACUGCGACCAGAUGGUGGCUUUUUGAGACUAUUUUUUUCAGUUUUUCUUAAUGGUUGCACUAAUGAGACUGCAAAAUAAUAUAUUGAUCAGUUUGGCACAUUAAAAAUGUAAUGCUCAAGAAAUGUUAUAUUGCGAGAGUGGCACAUCAAGUCGCUCCAUCUCGUCUCCCCUUCUUCAACCAUUUGCUUAUCUAUAGGUGGCCCCUACCCCCAUUGACGCAAGUAAGAGGUCCAUUUAAAGGGACAGUUCACCAAUUUUUUUUAAUUCUCUAUAAAUUUCUUUGUUCUGCUAAACACAAAGGAAGAUAUUUGUUGAUGAAAUGCGCAAACAAACACAGCUGAAUUUCCGUCAUUCGAGUGAAGCGGCAUUGAUGUGCGUUCUGCUCUUUCUCUGGCUGGCUGGUUGACAUGUGUGUGGGCGUGCUCUUUCUCUCACGCUCAGACGUGGCCGUGCUCUUUCGCUCGAUGGAUGAUGCGUGGGCCUGCUUUUCUUGGUGAAUUGUCUAAUAAGUAACUAAGAACCCUUGAUACUAAAGGGGAAUCUGUAAAAACUGAGCUACGUCAUACGUUCAACUCAUUUUUGAUAAGUUGACUAUGUUAAGCUUGAGAAGCCAGCAGGUUCGUCAGUGUAAAGAAGUCCGAAUGCAUGAAAGAGCAUGCAACCUCCUCAUUAAAUGUUCACAAAAGAUAAAAGGAAAAAGUAGCAUUCAAUCAUUUUGUUGCUUAAGAUGUGCUUUAAUUUGGUUUGACAAGUGUUGACAGAGUUUAUGUAUAAACAAUACACAAUCAUUAAAUCAUAAACAAUGGAUUUUAUUCAUUUGUAAUAGAUUUAUUAAUGUAUUAAACAUGUUUGGAUGUGG